AUGAUUUUGCCAAUCAAAUACGAUGAGUAUAAAGAAUUUGAUGUGAAUCGUUAAUUAUAGGAUUAAGCUAGGGAUUUCAGAAUGGUGUAAUAGGAGCUUCUUAAGUAGCAACUGUAUGACUAAUAGUUGGAAGUGGAGAAAAGAAAGAGAUCUUUGACAACACAAAAAUAAAGAGAGGAACAAUUAUAUUUAGAGAAUUUAAAGAGAGAAAAAGAAAUGUAAUACCUUAUGGAAGGACAAAACAAACAAUAUAUUAAAAAGGAUUUAUCAAAAUGGUAUGAAAAUACAGUAAAUAAUUAAAGAAUUGUCCAACAAUAGUUAGUAAUGUUAUCUAUAUUAAUAGAGAUAAGAAAAAUAACAGAUUGAAUAAUAGAUUGUUGAUACUGCAAAAUUAGGCUAAACUAUGGCCAAGUUCUAUGAAUAAUAAAAAAAGGAUUAUUAUAGAAAAGUUUAGGAUUAAUAAUAUGGUCAGUUUUAGAUUAAAAAGCUUAAUGAAUAGAAUUCUAGAAAGUUUGAUUAGGCAGUAUAUUAGGAAUAAGUUCAUUAAGAAAAUACUAAUAUAUAAAGGAAGUUAGAUAAUUAUAAAUAAGUACUUGAUUAAUAAUAUAUUUUAAGUACUAUCAGAAUGUUUAAAAUAGGUAGUAAUAAUUAUAGGCAAUGUAUUUGUAGAAUUAUAGAGACCCAAAAGAGGGAUUAGAUGAUAUUAUAUCAAAGAAUGUUUAGUAGAAGUAAGAGAAAGAUGAAAAAUAAUACAGAUAUGAGAAGGAGAUGGAAGGUAUAUCAAAAGAGAAAUACAAUUCAAUUCUUUAAAUGCAAUUACAAGAAUAAUAACAUAAAAGAAAACAAAAUAAAUUUGAUGCUAAAUUGAAUGGAUAUGAUCAUGCGAAUUCUGUAUAUUGGUACAAUUUUGAUAGACAAAAUAAUGUAUAAAUUUUUAAGAUUUUAGAUUUCAACACCAGCUAGAAGUAUGAUUUCAGAAUAAAAUCAAUAAUAUUAUAAUCCUUUAACUAAUCCAAAUCCAAAUCAGACUCAGAAUCCUUACAUACUAAAACAAUUAGGAAUGAAUCUGAAUGAUUUACCUACUCCAGAAUAUAAUAAAUCUAAGUUAGCUUCAAUGGGAAAGUUUUGCAUGAAUUGA